GCCCGCACGCCGCCGGCCGCUUACACCGGGCGCCAUGUUCGCCGUGAAGCCGAAAGCCGUCAUCGGCUUCAACCUCUACUGCGGCGGCUCCCCGGCGCUGAGCCCCGCCGAGCCGGGGGAGCGCCCGGGCCCCGCGCCCGCCGCCGCCGCCGCUGCGGAGCCGCCCCGCGACCGCUCCGGGGCCGCCGGCGGCCGCGCCGACCCCCCCCGCGCGCUGAUUGGCCGGGGCGCGGCGCCCCGCGCGCUGAUUGGCUGCGGCGCGACUCUCUGGCGCCCCGAGGAGGAGCUGGACGGCUGCGAGCCCGAGCCCGAGCGCGGCCCCGCCGCCGACUCCCUGCCCGGGACCCCCCCGGGGCCCCCCGACGGGCUCCGGCAGGACUCGCUGGAGCUCAUCAGCCGCUACCUGCGGGAGGUGGCGGGCGAGGCGCAGCCCAGCGCCAAGAAACUUUUCCCGGGGCUCCUGGGUGGUCCCGGCCGGCCCGGCGCGGCGGGGGAUGCGGUGAUGGAGAAGGCGCUGGAGACGCUGCGGAGGAUCGGCGACGGCGUCAUGCGGAAACAUGAGCUCGCCUUUCAAGGAAUGCUGCGGAAGCUGGAGAUCCAGCAAGAGGAGGACCUGCAGUCGGUGGUGGAGGUGACUGCCCACUUGUUCAGCGACGGGGUGACCAACUGGGGCCGUGUGGUGACCCUCAUCUCCUUCGGGGCCUUUGUGGCCAAGCACCUGAAGAGCAUCAAGCAGGAGCAGAGCAUCAGCUCCCUGGCCGGGAUCAUCACGGACGCCCUGGUCUCGUCCAAGCGCGAGUGGCUCGAGAGCCAGGGGGGCUGGGAGGGCUUUGUGGACUUCUUCCGAGUGGAGGACCUGGAGGGCAGCAUCCGGAAUGUGCUGAUGGCGUUUGCAGGAGUGGCCAGCCUGGGGGCUGGCUUGGCCUACAUGAUCCGGUGAGGCCGGAGCUGCCCAGGACCAGGACUUUGGGAGGACUGGCUCCCUGGGGCUGCAGAGCUGCCUGCUCCCCCGAGGACUGCUGCUGAAGCUGGACUUGAGUGACCUGAGGAGGAUAUCGAGGUAUCCCCGGAGCAGCUCUUUCCUGAGGAAGAGGAAGGUGUGAUCCGAGGCUGUGGGUGCUGAUGGAGGAUUUAUUGCUUUGGGAACAGAGUGUGGAAGAGUUGUUAACUCUGCUUCCUGCGAGAGGAUGGUGCUGGGCAGCUCAAGUGGACUUUGCUUCACUUCGAUCCCAGAGGGAACCAUCUGGGAGCUCCAGCAGCUCCUGCCUGGACUGAGGCCUCCUGGGCUGGGCGAGGCAGCUGAGCCUGGAGCAGAUGUUUGAGGGUUGUGGUUGUGGGGUUUUUUCUGGAAAUAGCACCUUCUGCUGCCACUGCCCUGCCUAAACUCGCAGCUCUGCUGCUGGAGCAGAAGCACUGGAUGCUGGAAAUGUUGUGCCAGCCUGCACCUUCCCCCAGGUGCUGCCAGUGGGCCCUGGCAGUGGCAGAGCUGUGCCAGCAGACGGGACCUGGAGCCCUGCCCAGCCCCUUCCCUCCCCGUGGGGCAGGGGCUUGGAGGGGCUGGGGUCACACCCAGCUGUGUCCUGGCCCCGUCCAGCCUCUCCUGGCUGCACAAAGACAGCUGAGAAAUGGGGAGUGCGUUUUGUAAGUACGUAAAAAACCCCCCCAUGGGCUGGGGAGGAUGUAGAGAACCUGUAAAUAUCUAUAAAUCUGUAGAAUAUAUACAUUUUUACAGAGCUGGCAAUACAAAAAGGAGGAAUUUGUUCUGAAUGUGGGUGCACUGUGCUUCAUUCCUCACGGGAAGUGGCAUUUUUGUGGCAAAGCCUCUCCUCCUGCCUUGACUCCACUCGAGCCUUUCCCUCAAGUACUUGAGCAGCACAGCCAGGGACGGUGACGAGCAGCAGCGGCCUCGUGGGCUCGGUGUGACCACGGCUGGCUGGCAACAGCUGAUGUUUCUGUUUGUUUUAAUCCUUUUUUUGGUCGCUCUUGCCCUCCUGGCGGGGGCGGGGAGCUGUGGAAGUCGCUCUGGCCACUUCCUCGUCUUCCCUUCCUCUUGCUCCUCCAAGCCAUGAGCUGGACAAAGCUGAUGUUUGAAUGUAAAACGUCCUGGGGCCGCCUCUGGCUUGUGUGGGUCCCUCGGGGGUGGCCCUGGGCUCCCAGGGGGCUCGCAGGGCUCAUGGGGACCGUCCUUGUCCCCAGGACAUGAGCCACAGCCUGAGCCAUGCCCAGCUCAGCGAAGGUGCUACAGCCAGGCCCUGCUUGUGUGCAAAACAAGCUGCAGUUUGGUCAAUAAAUGUCUUUUGUUCUUGUUC